AUGCUGGUAAUUUAUUGGCCUGAAGGCGGCGAUAUAAUCCCUUGUUACUGGGCGUUUGCCCUCGUUGGUCAGAGAGACUUAUUAGGUUUUACUCACCACCAUUCCAAACAAACGAGCUUACAGACGCCAUUUGACGAUCCCACUUGUCUAACCCUUCAGGUACGAGGCGUGCUUUCAAAGAAAAAGUAUUACUUUCACACAUCCGUUGAUGAGGGAUUUGGCUUUGAGCCGUUGCGGCGCCUCAAGCUGAACAAUUCGUAUGUGCAGCCUUAA